GACCUGCUGUCCAGAAGUGUUACCAGUCGCAGAGGGGAAGCCUAACCUCUCGGAGCGGCGAAUUAGUCAGUUUUGUGUAGGUUUGUGAGAUCCGGCCACUUUGUCACCGUGUUUCGGAUUCUGGCCAUCUUUGGCACCUUCUGCUUCGUGUCCUGUUGGAGGAUAGGCGAGCGCGGGGCUUGCAGCGUUUGCCAGAGGCGCAACGGGAACACAUGUCAAGACGGGGAGGGGGUUGCACUUGUCUGCACUUGGCCUCGGAAUGAAACGUCAAUUUCCUCCCCAUUUUCGUCCAUUCGUCCCGCAACAGAGUCCGGGCUCGAUUGUUGGCCACGGCCCAGUGUGUCAGGCAGCCCUGCGCGAGUGUCGAGCGGGUUAACAUGUUUUGGUAAUAUCCCUCUACAAUGGAGGAUAAUGAACAAGAUUUUGAACGGGCCCGUCAGGGCAUUGCACUUCUUCUCAACAACAAAGAAGAGGAAGCCGAGAGUCUGUUUGCGAAAGGAAAAGAUAAUGUUCAUAUAGCAGCUAGCCAUUGUUUUGCUCGAUUCAUGAACGCAUUAAUGACCUUUGAAGAAGAAAGAGUGCAAGAUGCUUUGGAUGCAUUCAAGGAAAUGGAAAAAAUGUGUGCUCAUGAUGUAGGGUGGUUGACCUCAGUUCGUAACUCUGUCUUCAGUAGCACUGAUUCCCAGACUUUGGCACACAGACUAGAGGAACAGAUCAUUUUGGCUGACUGUCAAGUUGGUUCUGCCUUAUUGACCUUUUUGAUUCAGAGAGACAAAAGUGCGUUUGUUCGUGGUGGAUGGGCUCUCAGAAAGGCAUGGAAAAUUUAUCAGCACACCUACUCCCAGAUCUUGAAUCUCUAUAGGCGAACAUUCGGGACAAAUCAAAAUGUUCCAGGCUCUGAGUUUCCUCUGUGGCAAGUUCUGCCACGUGACAACACACUGGCAGAUCUUCAAAGCCCAACGGACUGGGCUGUUCCUUCCGCUGCUAGCACUCCCUCAACAAGUAGUAACGGCAUUCGAGGAUUCCUUAGUAGUAGUCUGCGCACUCCCUUUUCUCUUCUGACUUCAGCAUUUUCAGCUUCUCAGCCUGAAGAUAACAUUCCACCUAAUGUUGUGGCAAGGCUUAUGGCAGGUGUAAGCUUUGGUUAUGGAAUAUUUCAGCUUUGUGUGUCAUAUGUCCCACCACCUCUUUUGAGAUUCAUUCACUUUUUGGGUUUUGAGGGAGAUCGUAAUGCUGCUUUAAGUGCAUUGAAUUUCACAAGACAAAGCAACGACUUCAGAGCUCCACUUGCAACCUUGGCAUUGCUCUGGUAUCAUACCAUACUUUGUCCGUUUUUUGCAUCUUCUGGUAACGGAGAGAAGGUGAAGAAGCAGUUAGAGGUUGCUGAAGACCUGCUCACAGACUCAACUGAAUUUCGUGAAUCUGCUCUGUUUCUUUAUUUUGAAGGACGUCUCAACAGGAUAAAGUGUAAUACAUCUGAGGCAUUGAGGUGUUAUGAGAAUGCUGUGAAAGGAAAUCCCCAGAGAGAGGUCCAACUUCUCUGUUUACAUGAAGUGGCAAUGUGUCACCUUAUUCAGCUUGAUUACGAAAAGGGUCAUUCCUGCUUUUAUACACUUAUGAAUCAAAGUCGUUGGUCAAAUAAUCUCUAUAACUAUAUGGUCGCAAUAACUGCUGGUUCCUCUGGUAAAAUAGAAGAUGCUGUAUCUUUAAUAGAGGACUUACACUCAUCAAUCUCAGAUCCCAAGUCAGAUGACACGGGCCUAGAAAUUCUCAUUUGGCGCAGGGUAACUCUUAUUUCAAAAGCAAUAAAGAAAUUCCCUGCUGAUGUCAAUAGUGGUGACUUUGGUCUCUAUGGCUCUACUUACUUUCAACUCAUGGUCAUGGAAUUUCUGUAUAUGUAUAAUUUUCUACCAUCAUGCAGUGAUGAACAUCUUGAUGCCAUACUCGAUGUGUGCCUCAGCUGCAACUACGCUGCUGAACCAAUGGCAGGUUUACGUUUCCUCAUAGCGGGAUCCGUUUGGGGUUUACAUGAUGACAGAGAGAACUCCAUUAGCUGCUUCAGGCAAUGCUUAAGUGCAAGAAAUUUCAGCUGUUCAGACACCGUCAACCCUGACAUUCCUGAUAAGCAUAUCACGGUCUUUGCUCUCUAUGAACUAGGUGUUCUUCUUAUUGACUCAACAAAUGGCUUUGAUGAAGGUAAAGAAAUGCUGACUAAAGCUCAAAAUGAUUUCAAGGAUUAUGAUAAUGAAAGUGCAUUCUCUGUGAAGAUAAACCAUGCUUUACAACUAAGUAAGAGAAAGUCUGAAGAGCGUUCAUCACAUUAA